CCAAUCAGAUACCCAGCGAGCACCAGUAACACCAGCAUCAGCAUCUGAAGUUCCUUAGACUGGGACUGGCACAGCUAGCUCCAAGGCCAUGUUUCUGCAUGAAGAGAGGCCAUAUUGUGACUACUCCUUUCCCCUCAACCCCCAGCAGAGCACCUACAGUUCCUUCCCACCGGAAUGGAAAGAUGCGGUUCUCCGGAGCCAAUGUCGGGAUGCCGCGAAAGUGGAAGCGCAGGGCGAAAUUUGCGCCCAGCAGACACGGGUGUCGCUACAGGGUCGCGAACUAUGGGACACAUUCCGAGGCAUAGGAACAGAGAUGAUAAUCACAAAAGCUGGCAGACGGAUGUUUCCCGCCUGCAAGGUCAGCGUCACUGGGUUAAACCCCAAGACCAAGUAUGUGCUGAUGAUGGACAUGGUGCCUUUUGAUGACAGUAAAUACAAGUGGAACAAGGACAGGUGGGAGACGAACGGCGUGACCGAACCCCACCUGCCCAACCGCUUCUUCAUCCACCCGGACUCCCCCGCCCUGGGGGAGAGGUGGAUGCAGUACCCGGUCUCCUUCCACAAGCUCAAGCUCACCAACAACACCCUGAACACCAACGGCCUGGUGAUUCUGCACUCCAUGCACAAGUACCAGCCCCGCCUGCACAUCCUCCAGACCCCGGACCCCUGCGGCCCGCACUCCCGGGGCUACCUGCGCUUCACCUUUCCCGAGGCGGCUUUCAUCGCGGUGACCGCCUACCAGAACCCGCAGAUAACAAAACUCAAGAUAGACAACAACCCAUUUGCAAAAGGCUUUCGUGAUCAUGGACUCAAUGGUAAAAGGCAGAGGGAAAGGCCAGUCCAGAACUCCAGGAAACAGCCAGCAGAAAGUUCCCAUGAAACAGGACCCAGAAGCCCUACUGCGGCGAAGGCAUUCGACGCAGGUGACGGAGCAGACCUCACGGUUUCCAGCUCGGAGGACGCCUGCGCCUCGGCGUCCCGGGCGGAGGGCGGGGCCGGCCCGAACCCCUUCAUCUCCGCGUUCAUGAGGCGGUGUGCCGCCGACACCGCCUGCGGCGUGGAAGAGUGGGCGGAGGGCAUCAAGCUCCUGAGCAGCCAGGACACGCUCCCUGCCACGCCCUACGCCAGCUCCGCCCAUUAUGGAGGCCGGCCUCCCUGCCUGCCCAAUAGCGUGGCGGGGCUCCCCAGGCCGCCUCCUCAGGGCCCGUCCUUGGAGAGCCUGGGCUGCGGGAGCCUCUCGCUCGGCCCCCAGGGUCUGCGUUCUCACGGCAGCGGAGCCGAGGACCAGCCACUGCGCCCCGGCGACCAGCCACAGCGCCCCGGCAACCACCCCCCCGCCGCCUCCGAGGCCGACGCGGCGGCAAAGGGGAGGGCCCAGCUGCAGCCGGACUUCGACUACCCCCUCCCUUACCCCCCCAAGGUCAGCAGGGUCCACCUGCCCGAAAGCACUCUGAGGAGCCUGGAAAUGGCCUCUGCCGGCGACCCCAGCAGCCCCCGCCCCCUCGCUGACAUCAUCAACAGGAUUCGGGGGAGACGGGAGGGCAGUCCGGGGAAACUCCAGCCGGCUCAGGCCGCCUGGCCGCCCCUGGCCCUGGCCAAGGACGCCCUGGCACAGCCGUACCAGUCGCCGCUUGAGCGCAGUGGCGAACACCUGAUUUUGCAGGGCAUGCUGGGAUACCAGAGUGGCACGGCAGCCAGUGCGCAGGUGAGCAGUGGCCACGCUGACGCCAGAGUGCCACUGUCCCCUGCGGAGUACCCCUACAAAAUGCCUCUGCUCGACUUCUACGUCAACGAUUUCACUAGGAGAUGAGGGCCAGAGGAGUCAGAAAAACACACCUUUGUGCCUAGAGACCUGGGCCUCAACAGAGACAGCCCAAUGGACUGACAAAGCACAAGUGUGCCAUUUCUUUUUUUUAGCCAUAAAAAGAUUAUUAAAAUGUUGGUACAUUGGCAACAUUAAGGUGUAUAUACCAGAUAAUAUUUCCCUUCCUUUACUCUUUUGAGUUUGUUACAGCUCCAGGUGUAUUCCUUUGUCCAAUGUUAAAAGUGUGAUGGAUGGGUGGUUAAAAAAUGUUUAAUGAAUCUGAAUAAA